ACUUCUGUCAUUGUUGGCCAAACAGUUAGUGAACCGGAGCGUCGGCCGGAGUUAUGGACUAUAAUAUAACCAAUUUAUAUGGAAAUGUAUCAACAGUUUUGCGCCCACAAGCACGAGUCGGCUCGGAGGGUCGUCUUAUUGGUUGGAAUGUGCCACCCGAUGAGCUACGUCAUAUACCAGAACAUUGGCUAAAAUAUACUGAGCCGCCGGAUUCUAUGCAUUAUCUUUUAGGUACUCUUUAUAUAUUUUUCGCAUUAUUAUCAUUAACGGGAAACGGACUUGUGAUAUGGGUUUUUUCCGCUGCCAAAUCAUUGCGUACACCGUCCAACAUACUUGUCAUAAAUUUAGCUCUCUGUGACUUCUUCAUGAUGAGCAAAACACCAAUAUUCAUCUAUAAUUCAUUUCAUAAAGGAUUUGCGCUUGGCAAUUGGGGCUGCCAGAUUUUUGGUAUAAUUGGUUCUUAUACGGGAAUAGGCGCUUCUGCUACAAAUGCUUUCAUUGCCUACGAUCGUUACAAUGUCAUCACACGACCAAUGGAAGGAAAAAUGACCCAUGGCAAAGCUAUACUGAUGAUUAUAUUUAUCUAUAUGUAUGCUACGCCUUUUGUGGUUGCUUGUGCUACCGAAACUUGGGGACGUUUUGUACCAGAGGGUUACUUGACAUCAUGCACAUUCGAUUAUUUAACCGAUAAUUUCGAUACACGUUUGUUUGUUGGCACCAUAUUCUUCUUUAGUUUUGUAUGCCCAACUUCACUGAUUGUCUACUACUACAGCCAAAUUGUUGGACAUGUCUUCUCACAUGAAAAAGCGUUACGAGAACAAGCGAAAAAAAUGAAUGUGGAAUCAUUGCGGUCUAAUGUCGAUAAGAGUAAAGAGACAGCUGAGAUACGUAUAGCCAAAGCAGCUAUUACGAUAUGUUUCUUGUUCUUCGUUUCAUGGACACCAUAUGGGGUUAUGUCUCUUAUUGGGGCAUUUGGUGACAGAAGUCUUUUGACACCCGGUGUAACUAUGAUUCCUGCCUGCGCUUGCAAAAUGGUGGCUUGCGUAGAUCCGUUCGUAUAUGCUAUAAGCCAUCCUAGGUAUCGUUUAGAAUUACAAAAACGAUGUCCAUGGUUGGCGAUUAAUGAGAAAGCCGAAGUUUCAACUACUGCUUCAGUAAAUACGGAACAGCAACAGACUACAGCAACGUAAAGGAAUUACUUUUUAUGAUUAUGAUUUGAAAUUAUGGAUAUAUAAAAUAAUAAACAUAAACAAAUAAUUAUAGAUUAUAUCUAUUUUUAAACCAAAAUACAGAAAUACGUUGACGAAAUGGACUAAACAAUGGAUAUGAAUCAUGUUAAUUUACAUGUAUAAUGAUGAAGACCUAUGCGGUAUGGUCUACAUAUAUACCAAAUAACAAUAUUUUUAUGUAUAAUUUGUAGAAUUUUAAUUUAACAGAAAUAAAACUUUA